ACAUUUUAAUCCCUAACCUCAUCGCCUCAUCCUAACCUCAAAAAGUUCAAGAUGUCUUGUGUAAACUUAUUUUUCAAGCGAGGCAUUUCUACAUCGUGUGCCAGAUACGGCAAACGCAAUUUUAGAAAAUUUCCCCUUUUUAACAAACGUGGAUCUAAAAUAUUUAAGGAACAACGAAAAGAUCCGAAUUAUGAUUUACCCCAUGAUAAGCGUGGUGUAAGAGACAUUGGAUAUAAUGACCAAGACGGUAAAUUUGUCUUAAUACCAGAAAAAGUCCCUGAAAUAAUCGUACCUGAUUUGAAAGAUUUUCCACUAAAACCAUAUGUGUCAUACAGAACACCUGAUGUUAUUCAGUCAGAGUUUACAGCACAAGAUUUAUUUAAUGUAGUUUAUGCACCAAAAAUAGCAAAAGAUUUCCAAGAAGAAAAAUUAAAUGAUGAUGGUUCACCUGUGGAGCCAUCUCCAGAAGAACUUAUGACUUCAGAAGAAGCCAGGAUUAAAGCUGAACAAACAGGAACAGAUUUGUUUACACAAGGAUGUUAAUUUUCGAAUAAAUUAGUAGUUAAUAAAAAAUUUCAUAUAGCUAGAUG